CCGCGCAAGGUGUGGCCGUUGACCGUGUUUUUUUAAAAAUGUCUUUCGGUGUCUUCGACAGGACUUCGAGUUCGAAGAGAGGGCUGGUUGCUUCUCCUACCGCUGCGGGCAUGUUCGCAGGCAACUCACCGGGGACACUGCAGCAACGCCCAUCAGCCCGCCAACAGAAAUGAGCAGCACGGUGAGCAUUCAGCAGAUUCUGGGCGAGGCGCGGCGCCUGGUGGGUCGUCUGCGUGAGCAGGACGGCAACGCCGACCGCCUGCUGACUCAGGCGCAGGCCAUGAGCCAGGGUGUGGAGGCCAUGCGCCAGUACCACGAGGAGCUUGCCCAGCUCAGCUGCGUGGCGGCGACGCCGCGGCCGCGCGCUGCACUUGUCCUCUCCAUCCAGCAGGAGAACCGGCACAUGCGUGAGCUGCAACAGGAGAAUCGUGAGCUCGUCGCUGCCCUCAAGGAGCACCAGUCGGCCCUCGAGCUGAUCAUGGCCAAGUACCGGGAGCAGGUGGCACGGCUGGGCUCUGUGUGCCAGGCCGAGCAGCGCCUUGGCGAAGGUAACCAGGACUGCCACCACCUGGCCGACAAGAUCUGCGAAAUGGCCGAGGUGAUGCGGCGGGCAGCGGAGAUCGACGAGCUAUCUGGUACUCGCCAGACAGAGACCGUUGUGCGUCUGUCGACUGAGAAUGCCGUGUUGCGGCAGCUGCUCGACAUUGGUCGGCGUGCUGGCUCUGCUGGACUCGCUGAUGUGGAAGUGCAAACCGAUUCGGGAAGUGUAGCCAGCCCGGAAUAAAAUGCUUUUUUUGGUUUCUAC